CUGCUGGGGUUCUCCGUGAUGUCUGACACCGUUGCUGAUUCUGACUGGUCUAUUAAAGGUCGUGAAAAGUCGGCUAUGUAUGUCGAGGAUCUGGCGAAGGUUGUGGAGACUGUCAUCAGCACCACAAAAAAGAAGUUUGGACACCGUCAACAUCGCAUCGAGCUCUGUGGUCCUCAUCGGAUCGUGAUCGAGUUCACUUUUGAGUUCACGAAGGAGUUUCUGGGCGCCAAAGACGAGAAUACCUUUAUUCUCCCGGAAAUCAUCUUCGACCCAUCACUCAUCCUUAGUCCGCACGUUUUCCUGUUAGGUCUUCUCUUCGCCGAUCGCGCCUUUGCACGUGUUGAUGGAGAGGAAGUGCUGAUGUCUGCGGAGCAACUCCUCCGCCUGCGGAUCCCCGAUGAAUGCAACGAGCUGCAAUUGACGCUUGACCCCGCGUUGGAUAAUAUCCCGGUCUUCCGUCAGUCAGAGCGCACGCUGGAGGGAAUCACUAUCUCUCUUGAUAAGGCUCUGCCCUACUCCACCCUUUUACCAUGGGUCAAGAAGGUAGGCGCAAUUACCGGCUUCCGGCAGGUCUCCCGCCCGUACAGUCUGCGGUAUGGAGCCGGCAAGGCACUGGAUAAUAGCGGAUCCGUCAGCGAUGCUCUCCGCAACCUGAUCAUGCACCAUGCCGAUACCCGCACCUUCUUGAAGUACUACCUUCACCGGAGGAUCGACAAGGACCUCGCAGCCAUCAUCCGAGGUCUCGAUCCCCAGGAGGAUAUGAUGCGUGCGGCCUGUCGUAUGAGCCGGACAAUUGAUCCUAAGCGGCCGCAGGAGUUGACGACCGCGCAAUCAUCCUCUGUCAACCAACAGCCUGAAAUUCAGGAUCUGAUCCAAUGGCGCGGUGAGCUCCGCCGACAGCUGGGACGUCCGCUGGCGCGGCACCGUGGAACAGUGAAGUACGAGGUGUAUCAGAAGCUUAACCAGGAAUUAGCUGGCGCCAGGCAACGGGCGCGGGAUGCGCUGCUUGCCCAGCUUCAAGAGAAGUAUGACCGAGAGCAACCAAUGCUGGAAAUCCAGCGGCAGCUGUCUGGGACCAAGCUGGCCGAGACCGUGAACCAGACACUGGAUUAUUGCGAAGAACUGCCCGCUCCGCAGAAACGUCUGAUUGAAACUAUUUUACUCUGCCACGAUCGACACUGGAGGACGAGAUGCGCCGACGGACCGAUGCUAUUGACGCCAUUGCCGCUUACUGUCUAUUCGAGGAAGGGGUCACAUGCCGUCUCGCACGGGACAAACGUCCCACUGGCCAGAUGGUCGAGGCAACAAAGCCAGAAGGAUACGACGUUAAAGACCAGGAGACUAAUGCUGCCGAAAGCUGCUCCCAGUCGGAUCAGCUGCUGGAGGCAGCUAUUCGAUCGGUCAUGA